AUGGACUGGAUGCACAUUUAUAUCGUUGGCACGGCCCUCCUGGUCUUCGGCCUCGUCGGCCUCGUCCUCUUUGCCUCAUCACACAAGAAUAAGAUCGACCUUGAUCAUGGAGCUCUCUCCUAUGUCAAGUUUAUCUGGGCAAGCUUUUUGAAGCCUCAUGAUAAAAGUGUCGAGGGUCAACAAGGUGCCCUGGAAAGCUUCUACAAAGCGCAGGUAGGGAGGACUCGCGCAAUCCACGCUGAGGCUUCCGUAUACGAUGCAACUCGUCAUCGACUUUUACGUGGGCGUGAAGAUAUGCUUGGUCUGGUGGCCGCGCAAUUGAAAUACAAGCUGGAAAAUAAGGAGAUCAAAGCGGGUAAAGCUGUCUGGGUGGAUGUUGGAGGUGGCACUGGAUAUAAUAUCGAGGCCAUGUCUGCGUUCCUUCCUGUGAACAAAUUCUUCGAGCAGGUCUACCUCGUCGAUCUCUCUCCAUCUCUCUGUGAGGUAGCCCGCCGGCGCUUCGAACGUCUCGGCUGGAAGAACGUGACCGUUUUGUGCCAGGAUGCGCGAUCAUUCCGCCUGCCUGAGAGGCAGGUAGAUCCCAAGUCGACCAACGGCGUCACGACGGACCGUGCAGAUCUCAUGACAAUGAGCUACAGCCUGUCCAUGAUCCCUGACUAUUACAGCGUUGUUGAUUCUUUGACGUCUCGCUUGAAGCCGACCGGCUUGCUUGGGGUUUGCGACUUUUACGUGCAAAAUAUCGUUGACGUCUCUUGCCGUAACUACACGGGCGGUGCCUUCAAUCGGCACGUUAACUGGUUGAGUCGAGCCUUUUGGCGGGCCUGGUUUGACUUUGAUCGGGUGAGCCUGGAGGCAGCUCGUCGUGACUACUUGGAAUACAAGUUUGGGACGGUGAUCUCGGCCAGUGAGCGAAACUAUGCCCUUGGCGGAAUUCCCUACUACAUCUUUGCGGUCGAGAAGAGCACGGGCGAGAUCCGUUCCAAGGCAUAUGAAUCAGCGGUGAUCAACCUCAGCGCAAACCUGCCCCUUCCUUCCUCCUUCUACCAGAACCAUCACUACCGCAUUCACUACAACGACAUGCUUCCCAAACACACGCAGUUUCAGAAUGAAUACAUUUACGCCUUCACCUGGGAGGAUCCCCGUGUUGAUCACCGCCUCCUGAACAUUGGUCCCGACGAUGUCAUCCUGGCCAUCACGAGCGCGGGUGACAACAUCCUAGACUACCUUCAGAAGAAUCCCCGUCGAGUCCAUGCCGUGGAUCUCAACCCAAACCAGAACCACCUUUUGGAGCUCAAGGUGGCCAGUUACAUGGCACUGGGCCAUCGGGACAUGUGGAAAAUCUUUGGAGAGGGGAAACACCCACAGUUCAGAGAGCUUCUUAUCUCCAAGCUGAGCCCCCAUCUGUCUAGCCAAGCCUUCCAGUACUGGACGGAGCACGCCCACGUCUUCACUUCCAAAUACGGCCGAGGGCUCUACGAGACUGGUGGCUCUCGCCAUGCGAUUCGCAUGGUUCGCUACUUGUUCAACAUUUUCGGACUACAGAGCGAGGUGGAAAAGAUGUGUUCGGCACAGACUCUGGCUGAACAGCGAGAGAUUUGGCCUCGUAUCCGUCGGGUGCUUCUAAGCAAGCCUCUCAAUUGGGCCAUUGUCAGUACCGAGUGGUUUGCUUGGAAGGCGGCUGGUGUACCCCGUAACCAGCGGAAUAUGAUCGUCGACGACUUUUUCCGUCGCAACGGGUUGACCACUGAGAUGAAACAGGGCAAGGAUCUUAGCGGGCAGUCGAUUUGGGAAUACGUGGUGAACACCUUGGACCCCGUGGUCAACGAUACCUUGAUCAGCAACGAUAACUACUUUUACUACCUCUGCAUGCAAGGAAAAUUCUCACGCCGCUGCCAUCCUACCUACUUGUCCCCGCAAGCGCAUGUGAAAAUGUCCACCCCGGGAGCCUUUGAUGGUCUUCGCAUUCACACCGACGAGAUUAACGAAGUGAUCAACCGAAUCACUCCUGGCACGUUGACUAUUGCCGUGGUAAUGGACUCGAUGGACUGGUUCGAUCCCGCCGGGGAUGCGGCCCCUGCGCAAGCCCGUCGGUUCAAUACUGCCCUUAAGAAGGGUGGUCGGAUCCUCCUUCGCUCGGCGAGUAUUGAGCCGUGGUAUAUCAAGCAUUUUGAAGAGAAUGGGUUCGCGGCUCGUCGCGUAGGGGCUCGUUUCCCUGGCACUUGUAUUGACCGAGUCAACAUGUACGCCUCGACAUGGAUCUGUACCAAGACUGACGAGGUGACUCGACCAAAGACCAGCCGGACCAUUUCCUCCUUGUCCCUAGGCGAUACGGCCAUGGGCAAGGCAAGACGCUCCAGCAGUGUGGAGGACUUGCAAAUUUGA